AUGAAAAUAGUGUCUCCAUCUUUGAACGGUUGGUUGGUUGGUUGGUUGGUUGAGGGAAGGCCUUCAUGGUUCUAUAUAAGAGCGUCUCGACACACCACCACCAUCCCUCUCCCCCUCUCCCUCUCCAUCUCUUUCUCUCCUCUCUCACUAGGACAAACUGCUCCGGCUCGUCGGCGACAGCUAAGUGGGAAGAUCGCCGAGGAGAUGGCCGAUGAUGCAGGGCGGGGCUCGUCGGCGGCAGCGGCGAAGAAGGGGAGACUCGAGGGGAAGAUCGCACUCAUAACUGGUGGAGCGAGUGGGCUCGGAAAGGCCACGGCUCACGAGUUCAUCCAGGAGGGCGCGUCCGUGGUCAUCGCCGACGUCAAUUCUGCGCUGGGCGUAGAGACAGCCCAGGAGCUCGGCCCACAGGCCCAUUUCGUCCACUGCGACGUCACCGUCGAGGAAAGCGUCGCCGCGGCCGUGGACGCCACCGUCGCAAAGCACGGCCGGCUCGACGUCAUGUUCAACAACGCCGGCAUCGUGGGAGCGCUCUCCGGGACGUCGGAGGUGGCCAGCCUGGAUCUGGGCCAGUUCGACCGCGUCAUGAGCGUGAAUGUGCGCGGCACCCUGGCGGGGAUCAAGCACGCGAUGCGGGUCAUGGCGCCGGCGGGCUCCGGCUCCAUCCUCUGCAUGGCCAGCAUCAGCGGUCUCCUCGGCGGCCUCGGCACGUACCCCUACGCGGUCUCCAAGCUCGCCGUCGCCGGGCUCGUCAAGACCGCCGCCGCCGAGCUGUCCCGCCACGGCGUCCGGAUCAACUGCAUAUCGCCGCACGCCGUGCCGACGCCGCUGGUGCUGGAGCAGUUCUCCCAGCUGUACCCUGGCGCGGACCAGGCGCAGCUGGCCGCCAUCAUCGGCGGCCUCGGCGACCUCAAGGGCGCGACGUGCGAGGCGGUGGACGUGGCCAAGGCGGCCGUGUACCUCGCGUCCGACGAUGCCAAGUACGUCUCCGGCCAGAACCUGGUGGUGGACGGCGGCUUCACCACCUACAAGAACAUGAACAUGCCACCCCGCAAGCCUCAGGGUCAGGAAUGA